AAAAUAAAAAUUUAAAAAAAAAAAAAAAGAUUUUUAAUUGCAAAAUCUGUGUCUCCCUCAAUCUCUGCUCCAGGUUGGGCCGGGUUGAUUUGGGCAAGGGAGAAAAGUCUUUCUGACCUUUGUCCGAGAGAAGGUCUGCUUUGCUUAGUGCAGCCUGUUGCUGCCUUGCUUUUGAACCUCUUGGCUAAUUUAUGAAAGCAGAGGAACUGCUUUCAUCUGAGGCACACAGUGGCAAAGUUCCCACGGCAGGAAGUGUUCAUACAAAUCUCAUCCAUAGUGAUUACAAGAGAAAUGGUAUUUUGUUUUACUUGUUGGUGCUUUCUUGUGAUACCGUGAUUGAGUCAGUGUUUUUAUUUGAGAGCUAAUGCUCUAAGACAAAUGUGACACACUCGCUCUUAGGGAUCCUUAUUAUUCAGCUGCAGUCUGCCUGUCCAGUUGAGCUGCUGCUUCCCCUUCUUAUAAAUCCUUAUGUGCUACAACUGGGUCUGUGAACAAGCACCGCUUGAAGUUUGCAAGUCCCCAGUUUAUAACCCAUUGUAAGAGCCAGUAAAUCCUGUGGAAAAUGGCCUUCAGUGAUCUUACUUCGAGGACUGUGCGUCUUUAUGAUAAUUGGAUCAAAGAUGCUGAUCCAAGAGUUGAAGACUGGCUCCUCAUGUCCUCACCUCUGCCACAAACCAUCAUCCUGGGAUUCUAUGUCUAUUUUGUCACUUCUCUAGGACCAAAGCUCAUGGAGAAUCGAAAACCCUUUGAACUCAAGAAAGCGAUGAUAACGUACAAUUUUUCCAUAGUGCUGUUUUCUAUGUAUAUGUGUUAUGAGUUUGUGAUGUCUGGCUGGGGUACAGGUUAUUCAUUUCGAUGUGAAAUUGUUGACUACUCACAGUCACCUUUAGCACUGAGGAUGGUACGCACCUGUUGGCUUUAUUACUUCUCCAAAUUUAUUGAGCUAUUAGAUACUAUCUUUUUUGUUCUGCGUAAGAAAAAUAGCCAAGUGACUUUCCUGCAUGUCUUCCAUCAUACCAUCAUGCCAUGGACCUGGUGGUUUGGAGUCAAAUUUGCUGCAGGUGGUUUGGGAACUUUCCAUGCCUUUCUAAAUACAGCUGUACAUGUAGUUAUGUAUUCAUACUAUGGGCUAUCUGCAUUGGGACCAGCCUUCCAGAAGUAUUUGUGGUGGAAAAAAUAUUUGACAUCAUUACAGCUUGCCCAGUUCAUUAUUGUCACUAUCCACAUAGGCCAGUUCUUUUUCAUGGAGGAUUGCAAGUACCAGUUUCCAGUCUUUCUGUACAUCAUUAUGAGUUAUGGGUGCAUCUUUCUGCUGCUCUUUCUCCAUUUUUGGUACCGUGCUUACACCAAAGGUCAAAGGCUGCCCAAAACUGUGAAAAAUGGAGUCUGCAAAAACAAAGACCACUGAAAUGCAAACACAACACGAAUCUAUGAAUGAGACUGGUAUCUUACUUCCCUUGACAAUCAAGAGCUAUUUCCAUGUGAAGUGCAUUUUGUAUAUUUUUCAAAACCAAGAGCUUGUAUUUUUAUGAUAAGUUAUUGGGGUUUCUGAUAUUUGAGAGCCCAAAGCUCCCAGAUAACACACCUCUGAUAAUUAGAGCCUAAAGCAGGCGGUUUUUCAGCAGCUUUUAAAUCUAAUCUAAAGGUUUUAUUUAAUACAUUUUGUUAUAGUGAAAGGAGGAUAUGAAACAGUAUAGUACUUUUCAAAGAAGUCCGGUAUAGAUGAGAAAUAUCGUUAGAUAUUUUGAGCAUGGACAGAGAUCUAUGCCAUACAAUAGAUUCCUUCUGCCAGGUCUGAAAACCUCUAACUGUGGGCGCUGGCUUUGUUGCUUGUUGAUUAUAUUCAGAAGAGUAUAUAUACCCUGGAGUUAAACUCCCAUUCUAAAGAGCUAACACUGGUGAACAUGAAGUGAAUUUUUGAUAAGUCGUUAUUUCAUACCACUAACAAUUUUUAAUGGAUCUCUUUUGAAGCUGCCACCAGUUUUGCUGAUAGGACUUCCCACAGCACUUUUGUUGUAUCAACUGUUCAAAAGCAACAGUAAUUUUGGUUAGUACAUUGAUGCACUUGACACUAAGUUUACGUUAAUAUUUUGAAAACAAGGUGAUUUGUUCUGUGGCUUGAUGAACACUGUGCUAUUACUGUUUUGCAGUUAACUUUAUAUAUUUCUGGAAAGAGGUGAAAUACUUCUGGAAAAGUAUUCUGUAGUUCAAUGGGAAAAAUUGGUUUUCUGUUGUAUUGUAAUGUCACUUUCUCAUGUUGUCCUGGUUUAAAGGAUCAUCUUGGUUAAAUGUGUAUUGGUUAGAUGUGUGAACGUUCACAUCAUUGGCACACUGCAGGUACCCUUAAUCAUAAGUGAUUUUAGACCACCUGUUAUUCCCAGUUUCCAGAGAUGGGUUGCAGUCAUUAGUAAAGAAGCCCGAGGCAAAUGGUGGCACAGAAGUUCUCCCGGGAAUUUUUGGUUCUGGAGGCUUUCUUAAUAAACAGAGAAAGAGAACUUGUUUAAUAGUUGUUAUAGAUACAGUGCAUGGGAAAAUGUUUCCCAGAAGUAUGAAUUCUUCAAUAGCCUGGGUUUCUUUUUUUUCAAACCUAUAAACUCUAUAAUGAAGACCUGAAAUUCAUUUUGCCUACUUUUGUUUCUUCACGGAUAUUACUUCCUAAAAUUCUCUUGUACUUACUUUUUCUUGGUGGCAAACCCAAACUACUGGUCGAUAGAGUUUUGCCCCAGAAACAAUGAUAUUUGCACAUUUCUGAAUUUCUCCCUAUUUUUUUCUUUUUUGUUAUAUUUAUAGUUGAAUUUGAAGGACUGCCUAUGCCUGUAUGACUUUAAACAAUUAGUACUUAUGGGAUGGGCCUCAGUUGUGUAACACAGUGCUAGCAUUGUACAGCAAACCUGAGUUUUUCCUCACUGUAAGCUCCUGUAGUUCAGUUUGUCCCCCCAGGCCACUAAUCUAUACCAUGGCCUCUUCUCUUAAACUUGCCAGGUUUACACUUGCCUUUAAAUGACCUUUACUGAUUUCACUUGCUUAUAAUUUGAUAAGAUGAGAGCUGAUAAAUGGGGGAAAUAACUUAUUUUUCUUAAAUAAAGAACAGAGGACAGAAAGCAGAGCUAAAGGAGCAGCUAUAAUUUAUUUCUCUGAGGGCCUCAGGAUUCCUUCAGUGUUUUCCUGUUUGGACUCUUCAUAUCCAACCUGUGCUAAAAAGAGACCAUGUAGUAGGUACUAUUACACAUGCACACAAUUCCCAAGGACCCAAGUAGGGAAAAGACCAAAAGGAAGCACAAAUACAAGACGAAACAGGAGAGUUUGGUUUUCAUAAUACUUUCCAUCCUGCAUUGUACAACCUCUCCUAACCUGCCUAUAGUCUUUAAAAUGUUUGACUUGCCAGAGACCUAACAGCAACAUGUGAUGGAACUGGGUUCUAAAUUAUGAGAAUAGAAGUGGAGAGCUGGGAUGUUACAUGAAGAGAAAUCACAGCUAGCAGAAGUAUCCUCCAUGGAAACAUCAGUAGGUCAAAAUGAGUAUCACUGGAUAUAGGAUUUGCAUGGACAAUGUUUUAUUAAAGUGCUCUGUAGGUCACAUAGAGUUUCUUUUGGGGUUUCAUCCACUUUUCAAGACUUCAUUGCCUUUGGAUUUACUUACCUAACAAAUAAAGAGGCCAGUUACAAAAUCUGGCUUAUGACAUGAAGCUCUAUGAAUCCUUGAAAACCUAUGUCUGUAUUAUAAAUCAAUACAAAUACAUAAUUUUAAAUAUCUAUUUACAGCCUAAAUGGAGUUGAAUUCUUAAUUAAGUGGACUACAUUGUACUUAAAUUAUAAAACUAUGAGUUUAAAUUUUCUCAGUUAUCUCUCAUUUCUGUUAAAUUGUUAAAGACUCUGGAAAAUUCUG